GUGACUUCCUCCAUGUACUAAGCCUUCUGCCCUCACAACUGAAGGGAAAGCAGCAGAUUCAGACUUUUCAGGGCUGACUUCAGAGCCUGUCACCAGGAAGGGUGAGCAUGGGACAGCAAGAGAAGACUGGAAGAGAUGAGGAGCUUAUAUGUGGUUCAGCAGAGAACAGCCGGGCCCUGCAGGAGCCCACGCUGAGGCUCAUCCUGGUGGGGAAGACUGGAGCGGGCAAGAGCGCCACCGGAAACAGCAUCCUGGGCCAGCGGCGCUUCCUCUCCAGGCUCGGAGCCACGUCUGUGACCAAAGCCUGCGCCGUCGGGGUCCGGUGGUGGGAAAAGUGGUGCGUGGAAAUCAUAGACACUCCGGACAUUUUCAGUUGUGAAAUCCCCGAGGCAGAGCCCGAGUGCGAGGAGAGAGGUCGCUGCUACCUGCUCUCCGCCCCGGGUCCCCACGCGCUGCUGCUGGUGACCCAGCUGGGCAGGUUCACCGCCCAGGACCAGCAGGCGGUGAAGACGGUGAAGGCGAUGUUCGGGGAGGACAUCCUGGAGCGCACAGUCAUUAUCUUCACCAGGAAGGAGGACCUGGCUGGUGGCUCGCUGCAGAGUUAUGUGCGUGGCACAGAGAACCGUGCCCUGCAGGAGCUGGUGACCGCGUGCAGGGGCCGAGUCUGUGCCUUUGACAACCGAGCCAACGGCCAGGAGCAGGAAGCCCAGGUAGAGGAGCUGCUGGGGCUGGUGGGGACCCUGGUCAGGGAGAACGGGGACACGCACUACACCAACGAUGUGUACCGCCUGGCGCAGGCCCUGCACUGGGAGUGCCCGGAGGAGCGACUCCGGAGGGUGGCGGAGAGGGUGGCAGCCCGCAUACGCGGGGCCCAGCGGUCCUGGCUGCUGGCCGGGCUGUGGGAGUGGCAGAAGUGGCUCAAGUCCCACGGGAGCGGCUGGUGGAUGCGCGUGCUCCUCCUUCUGGGGGGCGCGCUCCUGCUCUACCAGCUGUUCUGGAGGGGCUGGUGUGAGGGCUUUCCUGAGGUCACACCUAGCUGACCUUGUAAGUGUGACCCUGACCCAUCAAUGCACUAUUGAUGUGACUGUGGCUCCUAGAGUUCUGCGUCUGAGGUUAGAGACUGCCAUCCCUGUUCUGGUCCUAACCUGUCCACUUGAGCGUAUGCCAGCACCCACCCCCCACCAAACCUUCCCUGCUCUCCACCCCUGGGCCCAGGGACCAAAAACCCAGGUGGAGGCUCUCCCCUUGCAGGAGCCAAAUGACCACUGUGGCUUUUGCUCAUUUCCCACAGACCUCAGGCUGCCUUUCAACUUGUACCUUACCUAACAAAUCACACGAUGUUAUCUAAUCAUGUUUAACCUUAUAUUAAAUAAAAGUAUAAAAAACCAGAUGAGAAGCAUUGAGCUUCCCAUUCCCCACAUUCCCUAUGGGACCAAAAGGGAGCAGAGCCUCGGUACUGUGCAGCUGGGCUUAAUGGAUGACCAUGUUGUGUGAAAUGAAGUUGGUAGUUGUAGAUGCUUGUUCCUCUUGUUGUAAGUGCUUGCCAUCUGGAAGAAAGACUCGGACCUCACUUCGGGUAUAAAUCAGAUGGUGAUUUAUUGCACUUGCGCAGGUGGGCUGCCGCCCAAAGGUGAACGGCCCCGAAGAGAAAAGCAGGUUGUCUUUUAUACCUUUUUUCUUGCCAUGCAAGCAAGCAAAAACAAAAGCAGAACGUGGCAGUUAGUUAGCCCAGGGGUGGGGUUACAGAAUUGGCUGGGGCGGGGGCGGGGGGUGGCGGUUGGCACAAGGGCAGGGUUACAGCGAGUCAGUUGGCACCAGUUGCAGUGAGUCAGGGGAUUGUAUUGUGGCAACUGGCAUGGGGACAAACUUGGCUUGGGAAAUAAGUUUUUCACCAUUGUUUAGUCAUUGCUGGAGGGCUGGGGUAUGUUCUACCAUUGUUACCUGUUGCUAGGAGUUCUUGGGAACUCAGGGAACUUCCUUGUUCUAUUCUGAAACCUGUUCUCAGGAUUAACCCAAGGGGGGGUUUGAAACAUGUGGGGACUCAGGCUGAGACAAUUAGGGGUCUUUAGGGGUCUUCUUGCUGGGUCGGUUACUACACUCUGCCUUAUAUGCCCAACAAAGUUGUUACUCUUUGUCAUCCCUGCCUGCAAAACUCUGCAGAGUAACACACAUUCUGAUGGGUGAUCAUAGGAGGAGAACAUAGCAGUGUGGAACCUUCCAUCUGCACUCCUGAUGCAUCCCCAGUCAGACCUCUCAGAAACUAGAAUGCAAAUGAUUCUGUAAUUCCAAAGAGAGUGUAACUGGGGCUCAGUUCCCAGGCUUUUGAGGGCCUAUGUAAGUCUACUUCCAGGGAGGCUUAUACACCCACAGGUGAAUGUGUAAAUAAGAUGAGUAAGUUCUGGAGAUCUUCUCAACUUAAGGAUAAAUCAAACAAAUUGAAGAAGUUUGGAAGUUUUUCUUUAUUUCAGUCUCCAAGAAAUAGGGCAAACAGGUCUUUGUGGAUCGAAAGCUGGUGGUAACGAUGGUGAGAUAUAGAGUCAUAUCUGGGAGAGUCAGCUCUCCAUUCCAGAUAAAAUGAGGCAGGUUAGCCUGUAUUGUCUGCCCUACUGUUCCUUCUUAUGCUUUCACCCACACUUGCUGUGUCUUCAACACCACCACCCUCACCCACAAAUUCCAGCUCAUCUCUGCUAUCACCAUGUAAGUCCACACCUCUGCCCUACACCAUCCUCUACUGCUGCCCUCACAGCCAGAGACUUUCAGGUUACUGAUGACCUUGAUUACUAAAGAAACAAGUAAAAAGGGAAAAUAAUAUGCAACCACUGAGCCGAUAUUAGAGAGGGAGGCCAACACUAGCAGAAACACUAGUGCCAAAUGGUGAGACUCAAGAUUUCCUCAGCAACAGAGGCCAUUGGUGUAAGGAGUUAUAAGCAAAUCCCAGAAGAUACCCUAAUAGGAAAUCUUGGUAUGGUCUUGUUCACUUUUUCAUGUACUUUUUUUUUUCCUUUUUUGAGGCAGACAGAGUCUUACUAUGUAGCCCUCAGUAGAGUGCCAUGGCGCCACAGCUCACAGGUACCUCAAAAUCUUGGGCUUAAGUAAUUCUCUUGUCUCAGCCUUCCAAGCAGCUGGGACUACAGGCACCAGCCACAAUGCCCAGCUAUUUUUUGUUGCAGUUGUCAUUGUUGUUUAGCUGGCCCAGGUCAGAUUUGAAUCCGCCAGCUUCGAUGUAUGUGGCUAUUGCCGCAACCAUUGUGCUAUGGGUGCCAAGCCACUUUUCCAUGUACCUUUGCAGUGAACAGACAGAAGAACUCUGCCACUGGCAUUCUGCUGAUAAAGAAGAUAACCACUGGUGAAAUUAAAUGUGAAAAAAGAAUAGCAAAGGGCUCGGCAUGAGCAAUAGAAGGUUUCAACCCUCAAUGCAAAUCAAGUGAGAAACAUUGGAUUCUUGCUCUUGGUCUGCACAGGAACAAGACCUAGGGAAUUCCUAGGAGCAGUGACUGAAUGGGUGGGAACCUGGGCAGGCGCAUUCCAGGGAUCUUAUAGCAGAAGGUGAUUGGUCAAACCCAAUUUGGAUUAAAAUCUCAAAAGAUACAAUCUAAAAUGCAUAAACCCAAAUGCUGAAAUCCUGAAAAGUUGAAAUCCCUGAAGUUUAAAUUCCUAAGGUCCAAAAUCCCUAACACCUAAAAUCUCGAUAACAAUAUAUUUGCAUCAUAUUAGGCAGAACUAUUACCUUGUUCUUGUCUUUAUUUGGCAAUUGAGUUGGUUUAAGGAGGUGCAUGUGGAUGCCCAACUGACAAGGAGUGGCUUUGUGAGCUUAAUUUUUAAGAUCAACUUGUCUGGAUUAAGGAAUACCUAGAAAGCUGUGAAAACAUAAUUUUGUAUAUUUCUGUGAGGGUGUUUCCUGAGGAGAUGCAUGAAUUAGGUGAAGAAAUCUCCCCUAGGGUUGAAGGCCACCUUCCAAUUUGCUGGGGCCCUGCAUGUGGAACAGAUUUCCAAGUACCCAAAACAGCAUAGAGACAUCACACAGCAGAUGGGAAAACUUACUAGGGAAUACUCAUGUCAGUGUAUAUCAAACCAAAGAAGUUUAAAAAGAGCAGCGCCUCACAGAAAAUGACAGUGAACAUAUUCUCCAAGGGAAGCCAAGGUCUCCAAGAAAAAAAAAGUGGCUUUUCAUUGUGAUUAAAGACUUCGAACAAUAGUUAAUGAUUAUGAAAAUCAGGCAGCUUUUAUGGACUAUCUCUGUGCAAAUGCCUGUAACCUAUUCCUGUAAUUUGCUUUUUCAUACAUUGAAUUUUCUUUUUAGUUUCAUUUUAUUUUUCCCCUUUUUAGUUUUUUCCACUAUUUUAAAUUGUGAGAGUUGUUUUUUAUAAUUUGUUAUGCUGUGAAUUUCAUCUUCACAUCAAUUCCAGUACCAGAGGUAUGAAUUGGGUAGAGACUUUGAGAGAAUUCUAAUCAUUUUAUGUAUUUUUUGCAAAUUCGAUUCCACAAAAGAGCAUUCUUACAACACUGACUGUGUGUGUGCAUAUAAAAAUGUUAAAACUUCCUCAAGUAAAUGAAAAUAUGUCCUUUUUGUAUGUCUGCAUUUGUGAAAGGUAAAAUUUUUCAAGAUCUUAGCUCUUUGGGCAGCUACAUGAAUUAUGAUGAACCAUGGCAGCUUUUGAUAGAUCUCAUUAAAGGACUCAGGUUAUUUGACAUGGCAUUUCAGAUGACCGCAGUUAUAAAGCUGGGUUCUCACAAUUGCCAAUCAUAGUGAUAAGCAUUUAUACCUUUCCCUUUUUUUCUUACUUCUUUGUAAAGACAGGUUGCCUGCUCAUCACCAAUAUACCUGCUAUGACUGUCAUUGUUACACCUGAGUAUUAAUGCUUGCAAAAUUAUGUUUGUGGUUUUUGCCUGUUUUAUUGUGAAAAGUGGCCUGUGAGGUGUUCUGUCAAGUUUUUAUGUUUCAAAAAAAAAUCCUAUGUUAAAAGUGUAAAUAAAUACCUUUU